GAGUCUUAUUCUCUCUAUCAUUUAGUAAAACGAAUUUAAACUGUUCUUCAUUUACUCCCUUACGUUUAUUUCAAUUUAAUGUUAUAAUAUUUAAUGUAAAACGAUUCUAUAACCGAUUAAGUUUUGUGUAAAUAAUAAGACACUUCUUUUGUAUAUGAAAGAGUGAUCCGACAUGAAUAAAAUAAGACAGAAAAUUUCUUGCAACAGUGUAUUAAUCAGACCGUGAUCUAAUUGAACCAUUAUAUUUUUUUAUAUUCAUUGUUUUCAUUACUUUUCUAUUUGUUUGGACAAUUUUGGUUGAAUACUCAGCUGUUUUCUAAGUAUCAAAUCUUUAUUUUAUAUUUGGUGUUAUUUAAAUUUCUCCAACAGUUCACUUGAGAAACUUGUAAUUUAGUUUUCUAGGUAGGUACCAAUUUUGAAUUUGACAAAGAUAAAAUAUGCCAAAAGAACAAAGAAGAAAUUAGCAUGCUGUGUAAUGGUGGUGUCCGUGGUUAGAGAGAAGUUUAGAGAGAAGCGGAAACAAAAAAAUAAGUGUUGACUGUAAAAUUGAUUAAAAAAGAAUAAAUAUAAUGUAAAAAUUCGUAAAAAAAUAAAAAGAAGGGUAAAUAGAGUGAUUUGCCAAAAUAAGGAUAAUAGUAUAAUAAAAAAAAUAUUUCUGAAAUUUUCAAAAGCUGAAACAUAGAGAAAACCGAUGACGGGCGGCGCCAUUUCGGCCGGGGUAAACGUCCGCCGGUGGAUCUCCAGGAUAUUAAUUAGACCAAACUGCAGCAGUUCGAGGCAUUGCUUCUAUCCGAGUUUCAGAGUUCAGUGGUUCAGUGGCGGCGCCGAGUCAGCUAGGUCGGAGUUCUCGAACCAGAACGCGUAUGAGCUCUUGGGAGUUUCAGAGACCAGCUCAUUCGCCGAAAUCAAAGCUUCCUUUCGCAAAUUGGCCAAGGAAACUCACCCGGACCUUGCUGAGUCGACGAACGAUUCCGAUGCUUCUAAGAGAUUUGUGCAAAUCCUUGCGGCCUAUGAGAUUCUUUCGGAUUCUGAAAAGCGAGCCCAUUAUGAUAUGUAUCUUAUCUCACAGAGGAAGCUUGUGGUCAAACAAUCUGAAAAAGGUGUAAGGUUUUAUGCGAAUGAAUCCAAUAUUUCAAGUUAUAAGGAGAUGGAAGUAGUGGAAUGGUUAAGGUGGUACAGAUCUGCAAUAAAAGAUAUUUUGUCAGAGAAGAAAGUGGUUGUUGGGACUGGAUACUUUGAUGUGCUUGAAGCAGAUUUUUAUUCAGCCAUACAUGCAGCUUACUAUGGCCCCGAAAUAGAAUCGAUGGAUUUUCUUCCAGACUGCUUUGAAGCUGAGGAAAGAUCAGUGUUUGAUACUCCAGAGGUGCUUCAUUUGGUUUCAGGGCGUGAUCUUUUUGGGAUGGUCUGUCUGAUAAAUAAAUAUCCAGAACUAUCAUUUAGCAGUAACCGAAAGCUGAAUUCUUCAACAUCUCGGGAUAUGGGGAUUUGUCAGUCUGAGGAGAAUGUCAACAUUUCCGCUAACUUUGAUGGCACGAGUGACUUUGAUAACCCUCAGUUGCGAACAUUGACUCUGGAAGAUCGUAAAUUGCAUGCAUAUGCUGAUUUGGAAAUGCAUGUGUAUGGAAAAGUGGUUGCUCUUGCAACAAGGGUCCCUCCUAAAGGCUAUUGCAAUGGCAUACAGAAUGAAGAAAAUCAAGAUUGUAUACAUGUAUUUCUCAACUCAUAUGAAUGCCCCGAAAAGAUUGGCAAAGAAUUCAUUCCAGGGGAGGCUGUUGGAUCUAGAAUUCCUCUGGGAACCAUAACUGGAUUAGGAACUAGCCCAGAAGAAGGGUCCUGCUUUGUCUACAAUAGCAUUGGUACUAAAACCCAUGUGAUUAUGAAACAUAGAACAAUGCUGGUGAAGCACAUGCACUGGUAUGGAAUGGAAAAUGAAGUUUCUGUUUGCGAGUGUAGAUGCAGUAGGGCCAGGUUACCGUCGAGCAAAUUUUGGCUAUUUGAGCCUCGGUGUGGUAUGCACGACAUAGGUGGUUGGUAUAUUGAAACAUUUGGUAAAGACAAGAAAGGGCGAACGAUACCUUCACAAAGGUAUUGGGAUGGUUUCAGCUCAAACGAACCAUUUGAAAAGAGACUACAUCCCGCGAUGUAUAUCCUUGCUCUUGCAUAUAGAACUUUAGAUCUUGAAGAUGCAAAAAUAAGGAAACAUACUGUCAGAGAUGUUGUUUCACGAAAUUUGUAUAAAAUGCUUAGUUGGUGCAAGAAAUUUGUUUAGCGAAGUCAGCAUUGACCUGAUGAAGUGCCUCGUCUCAAAAGAUUUGCUCUGUUUUUAUUCUUCAAGCUAAUCAAGAGGUCCAGCAGUUAUGCAAAAGCCAAUCUUCCUAAAUGUUGCUAAAAGCUUCACGAGUUCCUUGUUAUGUAUGAUUCACUGGAAUACAUGUCCAUAGUGUGGUAAACUUGUCACAAAGAUGACUUGCCAUGCUACCAGGAUUCAUGAUCAUUUGUGGAAUAUCUUGCGAACAUGAUCCUCAUGCUGCUUUUGUGUUGUUACUCCUAAAUAUGUUUUCUGGCAACGCUCUUCGGGAAUUGCAAACUGACUGGUGAAACUCAAAUUUUGGCAUGUUUCUGAUGUUCGCAUCUCACAAAAGGCCCCACUUUGAAUAAACUAUGUUCAUAUUUACAAAUAAAAAUAUGUAGAGGCAACUGUAAAUCAAGUAUUGUUGGCUCCUCAACUUAGCCAUUCAUAUGGUCUAAACUGUAACUUUUUGUUCAUAUUUUUUUGGAUUGAUGCUUGUGAUUCCAAUAGAAUAUAUGUAGUUCCUUAAAAAAUAAUGCAAUGAUUCAUAAUGACAUGUUCUAUUUGAUACAAA